AGCUGUCCACAACACACAGCUAUGAGUUCGGGCUUCAUUUUGUGUGGAUCAAACAGUAAAUGAUGGGCCUUUUACUUCUGCUCUGUGUUAUGCAUGUGCUGUGGGUGACGGAGGCUCAGGAAAGAACGUUUCUCAUCACGGCACCCAAAUUGUGGCGAGUUGAUGCUACCGAGACCGUGUUGGUGCAGUUGUUUGGCUACGACCAAGAAACCAGAGUGAAUCUUUACGUCAAGAACUCUCUGGCCAAAGAUGCCAUAAUAUAUGCAUCGCAGACUGUGAAUCUCAAUGCCCAGAAUUAUUACCAAGCUGCAGCUACUCUACGGAUUUUCCACAUCCCAGCAGAAGUCCCUGAAGUCACACUUGAAGCAGUAUCUAGCACCUUCCACGCACACACAGAAAUACCACUCUCUCGAGUGAACGGCUUCCUCUUUAUCCAGACUGACAAGCCUCUGUACACACCCGAACAGAAUGUUGAGGUACGUGUGUACUCUUUGAACGAAGAGUUGAGGAAGUCCAAUAGAUCUGUCACCCUCACAUUCAUGGACCCUGAUGGUAUCAAGGUUGAAAUGAUUGAGUUGACAGACAUCAACGGUGUGAAACCACUGCUUCCACCAUUUAAAAUACCCCUGAAACCCAAAUUUGGGGUCUGGAAAAUAGAAGCUACUUUCACUAAGGACUUCAGUACAACUGCUACAGCAGAAUUUGAGAUCAAAGAAUAUGUGUUGCCCAGCAUCUCAGUGCGCAUCCAGCCAGAGGCUAACUUUGUCAGCUCUGUGAACUAUGAGGAAUUCAAAUUGAAGAUAUUGGCCAAAUAUAUCAGUGGAGCAGUAGUUGAUUCAGCAGAGGUUUUCCUUAAGUUUGGAUACAUCCGUAACAAUGCUGUGGUCAUGAUACCCUCAACCAUAAGACGUUACACGAUGUACAAUGGAGAACUGGAUGUAGUAUUGAAUAUUAAGAGAGCUCUUACCAAGAUGAGUUCUGGGCCCCAGGAUCUGAGGGGAAUGAAUGGCCAUUUCCUCCAUGUGCUUGUUUUACUGCAAGAGACAAGUGGUGGUAUUUCCCAGGAAGCAGUACUGUCCAAUAUAAAGAUUGUUGAUGCUCCAUUUACCUUGAGUCUAAUUGCGACUCCUGCUUUCAUCAAGCCAUCCUUACCAUACACCAUCAGAGUUUUGGUGAAGGACCCACUAGGUGAACCAAUGAGAGGAGUACCAGUGAAGGCAAGGGGAACUUUAACUAACACUAAUCAAGAACAGGAGCCACUCAGAUUCCUUGGACACCUGGACGAAAUCAAGCAUACAUCUCAGCAAGAUGGUGUCACAUACUUCAUUUGCAACAUUCCAAGUAAUGCAGCAAAAGCUGAAUUCACUUUUGAGACUGAUGAUCAGCGGUACCCUCCUGACAGCCAGGCUCACUUUCAACUUAAAACUGUUGUUUACCACUCUGAAAAUCAACGCUAUCUGUAUAUUGAUUUACCCUCCGACUUGUCAUCAUUUGAAGUGGGUGACUACGCAAAUAUCAAGAUUCAUUUUUCUUAUCGUGAUUAUCUCCCGCUGAAGACCUUCAGUUAUCAGAUCAUCUCAAAGGGGAAAGUGGUAAAGUUUGAGACAGUGCAGCGUGUAAGUGAGAAGUCCCAGAACAUCAAUUUCAAGGUUACUGCUAACAUGGUGCCAUCUGCCCGCCUGCUGGUCUAUUACAUCCUGUCUGGAGAGCAGAGAUCUGAACUGGUGGCGGACUCCGUCUGGCUCGACAUCAAGGCGAAAUGUGUCAACGGUUUAGAUGUGAGUCUGGUAUCCACAAAUAUGUACUACAAACCUAAAGACACGUUCCAGCUGUCAGUAAUGACUAAGAGUGAUAGUCAAAGGUCCCUUGUGGCACUGUCAGCUGUAGACAUGGCCCUGUAUGACCUGCGAGCCAACCAUAAAAACCCAAUGACCAAGGUGUUGCGACUCAUCGAACAUAGUGACCUGGGCUGUGGAGGAGGAGGAGGCCGAAACAACAUAGAUGUCUUCUACCGCACUGGUCUGACUUUCCUCACCAAUGCAAACGUCAAGUCCUCCACUGCGGAUGAGGCCUGCACAGCUGUGGUCAGACCAAAGCGCUCCACUAUUCACCCCAAGGAGCUGCUGGAAGAAUUAGAAGUUGAAGAUGAUACUGAUGAAACUGCACUCCGAAGUAAGCGCUCUACUACACCUCUGAAUGAUCAGUUUGAGGAGAAAGCCAAGCAAUACGGGAUUUAUAAGUCAUGCUGCCUGGCUGGAACUGAAAGUAGCUCACAUCUGGAGUCCUGUUUGGAUCGCACCAAGCGAUUAACAAUCCAGGACAGAAAGUGUAAGAAGGUGUUCUAUGACUGCUGUGGCUUCGCCAAAGAGCUUCAGGCAAAAACUGAAGAGAUCAUCCUUUCAAGACAUACAGAAAAACCUCAUGAAACUGCAGUCAGGAAGAAGCGCUCUACUACACCUGUGAAUGACGAGUUUGAGGUAAAAGCCAACCAAUACGGGAUGUAUAAGUUAUGGUGCCUGGCUGGAACUGAAAGAAUCCCAAUUCUAGAGUCCUGUGCGGAUCGCACCAAGCGAUUAUCAACCCAGGACAAAAGGUGUAAGAAGGUGUUCUAUGACUGCUGUAACUUUGCCAGAGAUGUUUGGACAAAAGCUGCUGAGAAGAUCGUCCUUAGUCGUUCAGAAGUGGAGUUCCUGCUAAAUGAGAAGAUAGUGGAGGUUCGCAGCUACUUUCCAGAGAGCUGGUUGUGGGAGGAAUAUGAAAUUGACAGGUCUGGAUCACUUGUUCUGACUAAAAGUCUUCCAGAUUCUCUGACUACGUGGGAGAUGAAAGCUGUUGGGGUGUUCAACAAUGGAAUAUGUUUGUCAGAUCCUGUGGAGGUGCGUGUUUCUCAGGACCUGAGUAUUGAUGUACCUCUGCCUUACUCCAUGGUGCGUGGGGAGCAGAUCGAACUCAAAGGCUCAGUGUACAAUAAGAGAAAUCGUGACAUAAGGUACAGUGUAACUCUCUCUGCAUCAGAUGGAGUGUGUGUGUUUCAUGGAACUCUGUGGACACAGGAUGGAGACCCUCAUGUAAACAAGGGUAGGAUUGGACCCCAAUCUGUGGCCAUGGUCCGAUUCUAUAUCAUGGCGUUAGAAGCUGGCACUCAUGAACUCACAUUCACCCUCUCAACCAUGUCAACAAUGGACACAGUGGUCAAGAAACUGAGAGUAGUGCCAGAGGGUGUUAGAAAGGAAAUGUGGAUUGGAGGCAGACUUGACCCACAAGGGGUCUAUGGAAAAUCUGCAAAUCGUGUUGAGCUCAGAAAUUCCCUUCCUUUAAACCUUGUGCCCAAGUCAACUGUGGAUCGUGUGCUAACAGUAAAUGGUGAGGUUCUGGGGGAGUUGCUGUCCAUCAUUACUGAUCCAAAGGGGAUAAUGCAGCUGAUUAACUUGCCCAGAGGCUCAGCAGAAGUGGAACUUCUGGGUCUUCUUCCAGUCUUCUAUGUGUAUGAUUACGUGGAGCAGACUGAGCUGUGGGGGCAGCUAGGGACAGCUGUCAGUAGCACUGGUUUGAAGAGAAAGAUAAACGAAGGUAUCACCAGCAUCAUGUCAUUUAAGUUGCAGCGGGAGCACAGUUUCAGUUUAUGGAAGAACAAAGAACCCAGCACAUGGCUGACUGCUCUUGUGGUGAGGACUCUGGCUCAAGUGGACAAAUAUGUGACAGUGGAUCACGAUGUACUGUCCAACACAAUUCGCUGGCUGAUUACACAGUGUCAGAAUCCAGAUGGCUCCUUCAGUGAGAAAUCUAGCUAUAAGCCAAAAAGACUCAUGGGUGCAGGGGCAGAUGUCACUGAGCAAACAGUCUACCUCACAUCAUUUGUGGUAAUUGGGAUCAAAAAUGCCUUGGGAGUCCCCAAGUCCAAUUUACAGAUAUAUCAAGAUGCACUGGACAGGGCUGUGCAGUACUUGUCUUUACACGUGCUAAAACUGAAAAGUUUGUAUGUGAGAGCUAUAGCAGCAUAUGCCAUGACACUUAUUGACCUCAACAGCUGGCACGCAGUAAACCUGUACGAGAAACUAAAGAAAGAGUCUGAAAUUAAAGGAAGCCCAGCUAUUGUUCGCUUCUGGCAAGAAAAAGAUGUUUCUCAGGAUCCACUAAAGCCAAACAAGGCCACAGCAUUGACAGUAGAAACCACUGUCUACGUCCUGCUCAGCACCUUACUUCGAGGAGACAUAACAUACGCUAAGCCUAUUGUUAAUUGGCUGACCCAGGAUCAGCGAUAUGGAGGAGGCUUCUUCUCGACCCAGGAUGCUAUUCUAACACUAGAGGCUAUAACCAAGUACAGAAUCUUAGCUAAAAAAGCCUUUCUGCAAAUGGAGGUCGAUGUGUCCUACAGAAGUAAAGGACCAAUUGGCCAUAUUAGUUUGUCCCAGAGUAAGCCUGUGGGGAAACCUAUAGAGGUGGCCUAUACUGAUGAUGUCAUACUGAAAACAGCAUACAGUUCUGGGGUGUCAUUUGCUAAUUUAAGAACAGUGUACUAUGAAACCAUACAGAACGAUGAAAACUGUCGCUUUGACCUAUCCAUAGAUGUUCACCCCCGUAACCCAUCCUCCCAUGAACCUAUGGAGCGGUCACCAAGGAUUGUUGCCUGUGCAAAAUUUAAGCCACAUGAAAACGAGGUGGAGCUAGAGGCAGGACACACAGUAAUGGAAAUAAAUCUGCCCACUGGUGUGAGUCCAGUCCUAGAAGAUCUAAAAAAGUUUAGGGAUGGACUUGAGAGUCGUAUCUCUGACUAUGAAAUAAAUGGGAAUGUACUUACUCUCCAGAUGGAUUCAAUACCCUCAGACGACUUGUACUGUGUGGGCUUCCGAAUUCAAGAGGUGUUUCAAACUGGCACAAACAGUGCCUCUCUGUUCAAAGUGUAUGAGUAUCAUGAUCCAGACAAUCAGUGUUCAAAGUUCUACUACACACAGAGUCGCAGACUUCUCCGUCUCUGCAGUGGUACACAAUGCCAUUGCAUGGCAGCGGAAUGUUGCAAGUUCAAAGCCAGCACUGAUGAUAAGAUUACUACUAAACAGAGAAAACAGGACAUGUGCAGAGACAGCAUAAAAUAUGCUUUUAAAGUGAAAAUUACAUCAACUACAGCAGAAGGAGAUUUUCUGACAUACAAUGCAAAAGUGGAACAAACUCUUAAAAAAGGAUCAGAGGACAUUAAAAAAGACUCAGAGAUCAGCUUUGUGAAGAAGGCAACUUGCAGUUCGACAAAUCUGGAGAUUGAAAAGCAGUACCUGAUUAUGGGUGCGGAGAUCAUGCAGCUUCGAGUGAACCGCAGUUACAAGUAUAAAUUUCCCUUGGACUCCCAAGCUUCAGUGGAGUGGUGGCCAACUGACUCCGACUGCCUAGAUAGCCGUUGCAGAGAUUAUGCCAAUGAUUUAAAUGACUUUGAAUUUGAUUUCACUUUUGAAGGUUGUAAUGGCACCUAGAUAGCUUCACUCUAUAGACCGGCUUCAUUCCAUUUUUACUAUAUUGAUGCUGUUUUUUUUUUGUUUGUUUUUUUGGGAGGAGAUAGGUUUGAAAUAUAUAUUUUCCUCUUUCUAGGGGAGUGGUUAGGUACGCCUGAUGUUUUUGAACAGCAUAUGAUAAAAAUGCUACUACACCUGAAAUUGUAGUUUACAUAAAAUGUUGCAUAAUAAAAGUCUUAAUUCAUU